GACACUCUAGAGACAAACCCGGAGGUACAGUUUGUUAACUUUCAUUUCUCAGUAAAAGAAAACGCCCACGCAGACAGACAGGAGAAAUUCACAGAUGACUCACAACUUCCAAUGAGAGGACAGAAACACGAGAUAAACUGCUGACUUCACAAACUGAACAGUUUUUUCAACCACGAUGGCUUCCAUCUUAGAGGACGAUCUCUCCUGUCCUGUCUGCCAAGACGUCUACAAAGAUCCUGUUGUUCUGUUAUGCAGCCACAGCUUCUGUAAACACUGUCUGCAGAGCUGGUGGAGGGGGAAACAGAAAAAGCAGUGUCCAGUUUGCAAGGCAAGAUCUCUAACAAGUGAUCCACCUCGUAACCUGGCAUUAAAGAACCUGUGUGAGAGCUUCGUACUGAAAAAAGAUGACAGACCUCCAGCUGGGUCUGAGUCUCUCUGCAGUCUGCACGGCGAGAAACUGAAACUCUUCUGUCUGGACCAUCAGCAGCCGGUGUGUGUCGUCUGCAGAGACUCAAAAAAACACAACAACCACAGAUUCAGACCCAUCGAUGAAGCUGCACAGGAUCUUAAAGUAGAGCUGCAGAAGUCCCUGAAGCCCUUACAGGACAAACUGAAACACUUUAAACAAGUUAAAGGAAACUGCGAUCAAACAGCUGAACACAUCAAGUCUCAGGCCCGACAUGCAGAGAGUCAGAUUAAAGAGCAGUUUAAGAAGCUUCAUCAGUUUCUCCAAGAGGAAGAGGAGGCCAGGAUCUCUGCUCUGAGGGAGGAAGAGGAGCAGAAGAGUCAGAUGAUGAAGAAGAAGACUGCAGCUCUGAGUAAAGACGUAGCAGCUCUUUCAGACAUGGUCAAAGCUGCAGAGGAUGAACUGAAAGCCGAUGACGUCUCAUUCCUGCAGAACUACAAGGCUGCAGUGAAGAGAGUCCAGCAGCGCCCCCUGCUGGAGGAUCCACAGCUGGACUCAGGAGCUCUGAUAGACGAGGCCAAACACCUGGGCAACCUGAGCUACAACAUCUGGAACAAGAUGAAGGAGAAGGUCUUCUACACUCCUGUGGUUCUGGAUCCAAACUCUGCUCAUCCAGAACUCCUCCUGUCUGGCGAUCUGACCGGAGUGAGACGUGCAGAGGGACAGAUCAUUCCCCAAAACCCAGAGAGGUUUGUUUACCACCCCUCCGUCCUCGGCUCCAAGGGGUUCGACUCAGGGACUCACAGCUGGGAUGUUAAAGUUAGAGACAGCACAGACUGGUCUGUGGGUGUCGCUGCAGAGUCGGUCAAGAGAAAAGGGAACAUAAAGUCAAAAUUAUGGAGAAUAAAAUUCUCUGGUGGUAAAUACAAAGCCUGCUCCCCUGCAAAAACACCAGUUGUUCUCUCAGGGAAGAAGAAGCUGAAUGAGCCAAAGUAUCAGCUGAUCAGAAUUAAUCUGGACUGGGACGAACACAAGCUGUCGUUCACCGAUCCCGACACUGACACACUCAUACACACCUUCACCUGCGCUUUCUCCGAGAAGCUGUUUCCAUAUAUCUGCAACAAAGAUAAAAACCUGAUCGAGAUUUUACCGCAGGACGAGGACAACGAUGAUGGUGUCAGCGAUCACAUCAGUACUGAUUAUGAUUACUUGUUCGAUUAAAGCCCUAAAAUAGACCGUAACAGACAAAGCACGGGAGAUGAUCCUGUCUGUAAAAGAGAUCAGCCUCACUCAAAAUGUGAAUUGUAAGUCUCUUGGCUCCGUUGUUCUUUCAGAGUAAGAGACACAAAAUUGAAAAUUGUGGGUUUGUACUUGUUCAUGAUUAUAGAAUUGAAGCUUUUUAUGCUCUUCCACUAAAUCAAGAAAUUUCCUUGUCAGCUCAGUCGGCUUUUAUCACAGAAGACAUUUUGAAAAGUCAAAGUAGGAAAAAGCACAGAUGUGAACAGUAACCAUUCGAAAUGAUGAAUUACAUUUAGCUUCUACAGAUUCAUGGUGCUGCUCUGUUGCACGAUCACAGUUUACAUGGACGUUUGAACAGAGCUGUUGUUUACAAUAUCAGUAACACGUGUGUUUUCCUACGACAAGUCAAAAUGUCUGCUGUGACGAAGACUUAUUGGCCAGCUGGAAGUGAAUUGUGCCAUUUUGAAUUCAAGAUGAGCCAUAAAAAAUAUUUUUUUGUAUUUUACAGGAUUGAGAAAAGAGAGGUAUAUUUGCUAUUUUGCUAGCUGCACGGCUAACUGAGCUAAUCAGCUAAUGGCAGCUACCGUGAGUGGCUGAUUGGGAUUGAAGUGACCUCGCUUGAGGUGGCCAAUUCUUACAUAUUACACCUUUUUAAGUACUUACUUUUUUAAGAUAAGAUGAUUAACAAAGAGUCAAGGGAUUAAACCUGUAAAAUGCAACCUUAUUUCACUGUGCCUUAAAACAAAAUAAUGGAACUUUUUAUAUUUUACCUUAAAGUAACAGCUUUAACUCAUUAAUCAGACAAAUUGUUUACCACAGUGGUGUUGCACUCUGUAACUGUGCUAUUGCCAAAUAACACAAAGUGCCAAUCUUGUUCUUUGCUUCAUGAUUGAAUGCAGAUAAGUUUCAGUCUAGUUUUGCUUUAGUUUAAAGUUUUGUAUCGUUCUCUUUAUUCUAAGGAGGUUAGAUGUCUGACAUAAGAAGUCGAAGGUAGAUUAAGAUUGUGGAUCUAAUCCGGAGCAUCUGUGUGCCUUAAUGACGUCACCACCCUCCUGUUCAUGAUCGGUUAUUUUGGGUGUGGAGCUUUCACUGCUGUCGCUUUCAUUUUAAUUCACUCUCAAUAAGAAAAUCGUCUGUAGACUCUCAUGUAAAUGCCAAAGAUUUACGUUUUUGUUUCUCGCAGUCGAAUGUUGUAACCUGUUCUGUUGCUUUCAUCUACUUUCAAUGAAGGAAAGAGGUAAAUGUGUUCAGAUUUAUUGAAUACUGUGAUGGAUAUGAUUGUGUUUCAUUGAAGAGAAGAGAAAACAAAUUAAAGGUGAAUCAACAAAA